UACAAGUGUGUAAUAUAUAUAACAUAUAACUAAUAGACGAUUAUUAUUAUUAAAGCGAUUGCUAUUAAAGUUGUUGAAUGAAAGCCAAGAGUGCAUUGAAAUGUGUGAACAAAACAGUCUAUCAAUUGAUUGAUGUUAUGAUUAGUUGAUUUGUCGACUUGUCUUUUGGUCACACAAUUUGAUUGUCAUUAUUGUUUGACAAAAUUAUGUCCGCCGUUGCACUUCUUCAACAUAUCACCAACUGAUCCAUCAAAAUGAAUGCCAACUUUCAGUUUGAAUUCAAUAAAUACAUUCAACACAAGAGACUGCUGAAGAAGAUCUUCGAUGAGACACUGAUUGCCAUCAAUGAGGUGGCCAUCAGUGACUACUUUACCAAAGAUCAAUUUUCGGAGAUAAGCCUUAAAGAAGAGGAUGAAAAGUUUAUCCGUGAGAUCAUUGAGACACCCAUUGGUAUUGUUAUCUUGGGAUCAAAAUCAUGGGCUAAAGCAAUGGUCGUCAAUGAGCUCCUGGGCUGUACUCUUCUUCCUGUUGAAUGUAAUGAAAAGACAAAUCCGUGGCGAACUGUAAGAUGUAUGUAUGGCUCACAAACAGUGGUGUCAUUAGCUGUAGCGCAUUGCUAUGAAUUGGUUGAACAUUUGGCUGCCUAUGAUCAGGCGUGGCAUACAAUACCACAAACUGAUCUUCAGCUCAAACCUGGCGAUGCAAAGGCUGCUCGCGAUCCGGGAUAUCAUUUGGCAACUCUUGAAGUAAAGCUUCCUCACCCUCUGCUUAAAGAUGACGUCCAAAUAGUUGUAUCGCCCGGACUUAAAGACUUUGAUGUCAUCUAUUCGUGUUGUUUUGAAAACAUUAAUCCAAUUGUAAUUUACGUCAUCGCUGCUGAAGAUGAAUGUCUGUCACCUUUAGAUGUUCAACAUUUGUGUGACUUUCGGGUCAAAGAGCCAAAGAUGCCGGUAUUCUUUGUUAAGACAAGAGAAGUAGUCAAACAACCAUUGACUCCUUCUCCAAGUAUUGUAGAAUUUAGUCCAUCAGAACUGACUGAAUCACAACAGCACUGGUAUUAUAGGCAACAAUCAAUUCCUAUGGGAUCUUCAGUUGCAACAAUGAGUGCUAGUCCUCCCAUAAUGUCAAUGGCUGUCCCCUCAUCUUCACUGCCAAACACACAUUUUGUUGACGUCUUUCAUCGAAGUUCUACAUCAAUGGCAUUAUAUCAACAAUUAUCUAAUUUAGGUUUUUUGAACCAAAGUCAUCAUCACUUAAGAGGUCAGUUGACCAACGAAUCGGUAGCCAAAAAGAGUCGUCGCGAUUACUUUUUUGACGUGUCGUCAGAAUUGGUUGAAAACUUUCACAACUUUUCAUCUGUUCUUCUAUUCUUUCGUAAUAUAUUGAGAUGUAAUUUGGUUUCGGCGGCCACUCUACUCAAUGAAUCACACAAUCAUUGUCUUCGUAUGUUUAUAUUAACAGCUUUUGAUAUGACAUGGGAUUUGCAAAUCACACCAAAGCGUAUUGAAUACGCAAAACAAAGAGAAGCCGAACUUUUCUCAUCUUUGAUGGCCAUCGCCAACAAAAAGCAGGAAGAAAUUCGCCAAUUGAUUACCGAAACUAUAGAUUUUAUGCGAUCCGAUAUAUUGAAUCAGGCGGCAAGUCAUGAGUUUACUAAUCCUAUACUAAACUUCACUAAUAUGAGUGCUCGUGAACUACACAACUGUACCGAUGAGAUACAGGACUUAGUGUUGACACUAUUGAAUAGUGCCAUUGCAUCCAAAUUAGUCGGUUCUGUUGAUUACAUGCGUGAGUCGUUUAUCGGUACUCUUGAGCGUUGUCUCCUUUGUUUAGAGAACUCUUGCAGAGAAGCCGGAGAUUCACCCGAGACUUCGGCUGCACUUAAAGAGAUUUUGAACGCCGCGUAUCAAAUUGAGGUCAACAUAAAGACAUCGCACAACAUUUUGAGAGUUUUGUGGGAAAAAAUGAAAUCAUUAGUUCAAACAAUCUCAUGGAAACCAUAUCCUACGGUAGACUCCGAAUGGAAGAAAAGAGUGGCCAACGAUGUACUCGACAGUCUCAGUGAGUCGAGACUCGCCAAAAGUAUUUGCCUUCAAUUUCGAGAUAAACUUAAACAAUCUCACGAUUAUUUCAUUUUAUCACUUAAACAGUUAGAGGCCUUACAUACGGGACGAAUGCGACGUACGGAUGACCGUAGAGAACAGGUCCGUAAAAAUCAUGCGCCAGGCUUUGCCAGGUUUGCGUUAGAGUCCACUUCACUUAUUGAUGUGAUAAUUCAUGGAAUGCCUCAAUUGGGUCGAGAGAUAGGAAGGGGACAGUACGGUGUUGUGUACUCUUGYAAUAAAUGGGCCGGACAUUCUCCCUGUGCUAUCAAAUCAGUGGUACCACCCGAUGAUAAACACUGGAAUGAUUUGGCGAUGGAGUUCUAUUAUACCCGUUCCAUACCAGAGCACCCGAGAAUUGUACAAAUAAGAGGUUCUGUUAUUGACUAUACAUAUGGAGGCGGUAUUACUCCGGCAGUGCUUCUCAUUAUGGAUAGAAUGGUCUGUGAUUUAUACGCAGCCAUUAAAAAUGGUUUAGAUUGGAUGGCCAGACUUCAAGUGGCCAUUGAUGUAGUUCAUGGAAUCCGUUUUCUUCAUGGACAGGGAUUAGUUCACAGGGAUAUUAAAUUAAAAAAUGUUUUACUCAAUAGCAAGAAUCGGGCAAAGAUUACAGAUCUUGGAUUUUGUAAGCCGGAAGCUAUGAUGUCCGGUUCCAUUGUUGGCACUCCUAUACAUAUGGCACCCGAACUGUUCUCUGGUCGUUACGAUGGAAUGGUUGAUGUCUAUGCAUUUGGUAUACUCUUUUGGUACAUCUGUGCCGGUCAUGUGCGUCUUCCCUAUGUAUUUGAACAGUGCCAAAGCAAAGAUCAAUUGUGGACAGUCGUUAAAAAAGGUGCUCGACCCGAAAGAUUGCCUCAAUUUGAUGACGACUGUUGGACACUAAUGGAGCAGUGCUGGAAUGGAGACCCAACACUUAGACCAUUGUUGGGAAACGUCGAGUCAAAACUGGUCGAAAUCAAAGAGUUUUAUCGCAAAAGUCAACCGCCGACCGGCUAUACUAAGAACUAUAUGCGUACCUCUAAAGUCAACAAAAUUCGUGUUAAAAAUUAGAUCUUUAUUUUUUAAUAAUAAUAUCACUAAAUGUAAAUGUUUUUUAGAAAAUAAUUUUUAUUUGUCCUUAAUUUAUGAA